AUGAGCACGUUUGUGAAAGAAAACAGCCCAGUGGGCUCUGUACUUUACACUGUGUCUGCCAUUGACCCUGAUGUCAGCGACAAUGCAAAGGUUUCGUACUAUAUUUUGGAGAGUUCUUUAUCAUCUGCUGUCAACAUAAACUCUGUCAGUGGAGAAAUAUACAGCCUUCAGGCUUUUAACUAUGAAGAAGUUAAAACGUUUCAGUUUCAAGUGCAGGCCACAGACUCUGGUGUUCCUCCACUAAGCAGCAACGUGAGUGUGAACGUUUUUAUCCUGGAUGAGAAUGACAACAGUCCUGUGGUUCUCCCACCCUAUUCUGGCCAGGGCUCCGUUAAUACUGAGAACAUUCCAUAUACUGCUGAAGCGGGCUACUUUGUGGCCAAGAUCAGGGCUGUAGACGCAGACUCUGGUUACAAUGCGCUGCUUUCUUAUCACAUCACUGAACCCAAGGGAAGCAGUCUCUUCCGAAUCGGAAGCAGCAGCGGGGAAAUAAGGACUAAGAGGCGAAUGAGUGACAAUGACUUGAAGACUCAUCCAUUGGUGAUCUUGAUUUCUGACCAUGGAGAACCUUCCCUCUCAGCGACUGUGUCUAUUGAUGUUGUGGUUGUUGAAGAUGGUAGUGAAGUAGGCCUACAGACCUCAUUCAGGCAGGUGCCUGCCAAGGAGGAGAGUUUCUCGGAUUUAAAUCUCUAUUUGCUGAUCGCCAUUGUGUCGGUUUCAGUUAUAUUUUUGCUCAGCCUCAUUAGUUUAAUAGCUGUAAAAUGCCACAGGACUGAUGGCGGGUUGAGCAAGUACAGCGCCCCAGUGAUCACCACACACCCUGACGGGAGCUGGUCUUACUCCAAAUCUACUCAGCAGUAUGACGUGUGUUUUAGCUCAGACACACUGAAGAGUGACGUUGUGGUUUUCCCGACGCCGUAUCCGUCAGCCGAUGCAGAGCUGAUUAGUAUCAACGGAGCAGACACCUUCAGACUCUAUGACUGCCUGUCUCUGAUCUGUGGGACAGAUGUUUGUGGGUUUUUCAUCAUUAUGGCGAGAACUCUUUGGUCAUCAGCUGUAGAGAAGAUUGUAUAUUCUGUGUCUGAGGAGGUGAACAAGGGCACCGUCGUGGGGAAUAUCACGAAGGAUCUCAAUCUCAGGCUACAGGAGCUGGAGCCGCGCACGUUUCAAAUCGUCCCAGGAUCCAGUAAGAGGGUUUUUGAUGUAAAUUUAAAGACUGGUGUUUUAACUGUGAGCGAAAGGAUCGAUAGGGAGGAGCUGUGUCUUAGCUCCGCGAAAUGCUCUCUGAAGAUAGAGGCCGUUGCUCAUAAUCCUUUGACUUUUUAUCGCCUUGAAGUGAAUAUUGUAGAUAUAAAUGACAAUGCGCCGACUUUCCUGGAAAAAUCGCACGUCUUAAAUAUUCCAGAGUCUUCCUUUACUGGAGAGAGAAUGCCUCUUCCUCUGGCAAAUGAUCUCGAUGUGGGCAGUAACUCAGUAAAGACCUACAAGCUGAGUGCAAAUGAACACUUCUCUCUGGAUGUACAGAGCGAUGGAGAGCAGGGUGCGUCUGCUGAACUGGUGCUGCAGAAAGCUUUAGACCGAGAGAAGCAGUCUGUGAUUCAGCUCAUACUGACUGCAGUUGACGGGGGAAAACCUCCCAGAUCAGGGACAUUACAGAUAAUUGUUAAUGUUAUCGAUGUCAACGACAAUGCUCCAGCAUUUAGUAGCUCACUUUAUAAAGCCAGGGUGCUUGAAAAUGUACCAUUUGGAUCAUCAAUAAUAACACUUAAUGCCACGGAUAUCGACGAAGGCGUAAAUAGCGAAAUUGUGUACUCCUUUGUUCGACGCGGUAGUAUGAAUCCAUCGGAUACAUUCACAAUCAACCAAUAUACUGGCGAAAUCACGACCAGUGGUGGUCUUGACUACGAGGAAACGUCUGCAUUUGAAUUACGCAUCCAAGCUCGUGAUAAAGGCCUCCCUCCGCGAAGCUCUCAUUGUAAACUCUUAAUUGAAGUUGUGGAUGUAAAUGACAACUCUCCAGAUGUAUCAGUAACUUCAGCACUGAACGCAGUGAGAGAGGACGCCAAAAUCGGCACAGCUGUUGCUUUAAUUGUUGUGUCAGAUGAAGACGGAGGUAAAAACGGAAAUGUUCAUUGCCGCAUUGUUGGCUCUGUUCCUUUUAAACUCCUGUCUUCUAAUGAUAAUUAUUACUCUUUAGUGGUUGAUGGUCCACUGGACAGAGAGAGCAGUACUCAGUACAAUGUCACUAUCAAAGCGACAGAUGAAGGGACUCCGCCUCUCUCCAGCAUCAGUGUCAUAACUGUACAUGUUUCUGAUGUGAACGAUAACGCGCCCCGAUUUUCAGAUCAUGUGAUUACAGUAUAUGUGAAAGAAAACAGCCUGGUGGGAUCUAUUAUUUACACAAUAUCUGCAUUUGACCCAGACUUGAAAGAAAAUUCUCUGAUUGCUUAUACCUUAGUGGAGAGUUCUAAGUUUCAUCCAUCAGCAGUCAGUGUAAACUCAGUCAGUGGAGAAAUAUUCAGCUUGCAGUCUUUUAACUGCGAGGAAGUUAAAACGUUUCAGUUUCAAGUUCAGGCCACAGACUCUGGUGUUCCUCCACUCAGUACCAACGUGACUGUGAACGUUUUUAUCCUGGAUGAGAAUGACAACAGUCCUGUGGUUCUCCCACCCUAUUCUGGCCAGGGCUCCGUUAAUACUGAGAACAUUCCCUAUUCUGCUGAAGCGGGCUACUUUGUGGCCAAGAUCAGGGCUGUUGACGCAGACUCUGGUUACAAUGCGCUGCUUUCUUAUCACAUCACUGAACCCAAGGGAAGCAGUCUCUUCCGAAUCGGAAGCAGCAGCGGGGAAAUAAGGACUAAGAGGCGAAUGAGUGACAAUGACUUGAAGACUCAUCCAUUGGUGAUUUUGAUUUCUGACCACGGAGAACCGUCCCUCUCAGCGACUGUGUCUAUUGAUGUCGUGGUCGUUGAAAGCACAGAUGAAAUACAGACAUCCUUUAAUCAGUUGCCAAAAAAGGAGGACACAUUUUCUGAUUUAAAUCUGUAUUUGCUGAUUGCCAUUAUCUCGAUUUCUGUUAUAUUUCUGUUAAGUCUAAUUAGUUUAAUAGCUGUAAAAUGCCACAGGACUGAUGGCGGGUUGAGCAAGUACAGCGCUCCAGUGAUCACCACACACCCUGACGGGAGCUGGUCUUACUCCAAAUCUACUCAGCAGUAUGACGUGUGUUUUAGCUCAGACACACUGAAGAGUGACGUUGUGGUUUUCCCUACGCAAUUUCCGCCUGCUGAUGCUGAGCUCAUCAGCAUUAAUGGAGCAGACACUUUUAAGAGGAAUCAAACUCUCCCCAACAGUCAGAAGACAAUGUGCCUUUUCUAA